AUGCUGACCGCUGAACCAGAGACAAUCGAAUUGACUCAAGGCGUAACGCCGACGAACAUUAACAUGGGUAAAGAAAAUCCUGGAUUAGAGAUGGUUCCACCUUGUAUCAAUGUGUAUCUUGAAGGACCGAAACCAACUUUGAAAGUAGAUGUAUUGUUGACAUUGUUGUAUAAAGUUAGCGAUUUGAUGGAAAAGGAACCUACUCUAUUAGAACUCACUGGUGAAAUCACUGUGAUGGGUCCAAUUUAUGGAGAGGGUGACUCUCUAAUAACUCUUUUAUCGCUAGUAGGUAUGCCACCGGUAAAAACCUACGUCUUUCUUGGAUGUUAUUUUGGUCUUGGUUUCGGACCAUUUGAAAGUCUACUUUUGCUUAUGUGCUUGAAAUGUUUAUAUCCUAAUAAAAUCUAUCUACUCAAAGGACAUCUUGAAGAGCCAGCAUCAAUGAAGAAUUUGGGCCUCGAUGAUAUGCUGAUGAGACGGCGUGUGCCACGUGACUCAGUGCUUAAGGUUUCGGAAACUAUGAUGCGUACUGUAGCACAGAUGCCGAUUGGAGCAAUGAUUGGUCAGAGGAUAUUGUGCCUUCCCGGUGGACCAGGUCCUACAAUACGUGAACAUGGUUUACAAGCACUUCGAGGAUGUGUACGAUCAUCAAUGAAUCAAUUCGACAAGGUGAUUUGUAUGGAAGCUGCAUGGACAGUAAUGAAACUGGAAGCGACACCGAUCGCUACCGAUGAUGGUAUACCCACAUUCACUGAAUCACAAUGCACAGCAUUUUGCAAAGCAAAUAAUCUAGCACUUAUUGUACGCGGUAGACAAUUGGUCGAUGAAGGAUUUCUCAACUAUCCAAAAGAAGCGCUUACAAUCGUCUCAGCCGUGGCAUACUUGGAUAAUUUCAGAAAUUAUGCUGCAGCAGUAACAUUUCAAGGAUUGAAUGCUUCUGUAAUUCGCUACAAAAUGGAUGAGGGUGAACCAAAAUCUUUGGAUAUUGUUAAGCCAGGAAUAGGAAGAAAUGCAAUGGCGUUCCCGUUGUGA